AUGAAGGAAUACUCAGUUUCCUGCAAAAGACAUAGCAAACACCACACUAAAAGACAACACCAUGUUGUCUCAAAACAACCAUCUGCACAAAACCAUUCUCUCAUAUUGUCCACUUCCCAAAACAUUCCACCUAUGCUACCUGCUUUUGUUUCUUUGCUACUUCUUCUUACUUCAAUUACACCAUCACAUUCUCACCACACCAUUGUCUCAGAUUCUACUCAGCACAUAAAGUCUAACCAAACUUUCAAAGCAGGUGAAGUGUUUCUCAAGUUAAGCAGAAUCAGAACUCACCUCAAGAAAAUCAAUAAGCCUCCUGUCAAGACAAUUCAGAGUCCAGAUGGUGAUUUGAUAGAUUGUGUUUUAUCUCAUCAACAACCAGCUUUUGAUCAUCCUAAGCUUAAAGGGCACACACCAGUGAAUCCACCCGAAAGACCAAAGGGAUACAACAACAAUGGAGAAAAUGUUAGUGAGAGAUCAUUUCAACUGUGGACUGUUUCCGGUGAAGCGUGUCCCGAAGGAACGAUUCCGAUCAGAAGAACAAAAGAAGAGGAUCUUCUUAGAGCAAAUUCUAUCCAAAGAUUUGGAAGAAAACCAAAACCUGUAAAGAAAGAUUCAACUAGUAGUGAUCAUGAGCAUGCAAUUCUCUUUGUAAAUGGAAAUCAAUACUUUGGAGCAAAGGCAAAUAUAAAUGUGUGGACACCACAAGUAACAAAUGUAUAUGAAUUUAGUUUGUCACAAAUAUGGGUUAUUGCUGGCUCUUUUGGUGAUGAUCUCAAUACCAUAGAAGCUGGUUGGCAGGUAAGUCCAGAACUGUAUGGGGACAAAUAUCCAAGGUUCUUCACUUAUUGGACUACAGAUGCAUAUCAAACAACUGGAUGCUACAACUUACUAUGUUCAGGUUUUAUCCAAACAAACAAUAAGAUAGCAAUAGGGGCAGCAAUUUCUCCCAUUUCAGCUUAUAACAGUAAACAGUUUGAUAUUGGCAUAAUGAUUUGGAAGGAUCCAAAGCAUGGACACUGGUGGCUAGAGUACGGUUCAGGACUGUUAGUUGGAUAUUGGCCAGCAACCAUGUUUAGUCACUUGAGGAAUCAUGCAAGCAUGGUACAGUUUGGUGGAGAGAUUGUGAAUACGCAUUCUAAGGGUUAUCACACCGGGACUCAAAUGGGGAGUGGACACUUUGCAGAACAAGGGUUUAGAAAAGCUGCUUAUUUUAGAAAUUUACAAGUGAUUGAUUGGGAUAAUAACUUGCUUCCUCUUGCUAAUAUUCAUCAGUUAGCUGAUCAUUCAAGUUGUUAUGAUAUUAGGCAGGGUAGUAGCAAUGAUUGGGGCACUUAUUUUUAUUAUGGAGGUCCUGGAAGGAAUGUAAAAUGCCCAUGA